UCAUUAUUAAGUCUCUCCCUACAUGCAUACGUGCAUGCUCUGUCAUUACAACAAAUUUUAUGAGUCAUUAUACAUUUGGGAUUUUUGCCUCCUUUUUAGCUGAAUAGCUUUUAAGGAAAUGGGAAUGGAUGCAAGAAGGAAUGGUGCAUUAUAAUGCAGUGGAAUUGAAAAUGAGAGUUUAACAAAGCACACUCCGCGAUACGACGAGGAACGGUUUACAACAACUUCUGAAAGGCUGGACAAGUAUGAAGUACACGAGCGUCGCAAAUGGGUUUACUCAUCAUUAAUCAGUGUAAUGAGAGAGGUGGGUAGGAAUUCUAAGUCGCCAGAAUUUUUAAGAUAAUUUUACUGAUUAUAAUUGUUCGUGAUUUGGGAGAGGAAAUUGGUUAUUUUAGUUUAGUGAGUGGGUGUGUAGUAGCAGAGAUUAGUCGUUGUUACAUCAUCGACCUGUGCCGAUUUUUACUAUCUUGUGUGCCGUAAUAACAUCUCUGGUUUAGUAAAAUUGCAUCACAUCGUAAGUACAAACAAACACAUUCGUCGUCGCGUUUUCUCCAGUGUAAAUAAAUCACGGUUAAGUGUGUUUAUGUGAUGCGAUACAUUCUUAAAAUUGUGUUACGACAGAGCAGCUCAUGUCAGUUAGGCUCACUUGUCCCGAUUAAGACCUAACCUUGACAAUUAAGAUUCAUUUAAUCGUGCGUGUGCUCGAGAAAAUAUAGCAUUCUGUUCAGUCGGAGUAAUAAAUUAGGAGAGAAAAGUGUCAAAUUGUGUGUGUGUCAAAGUGUGAUAUCAUUUUAUUUAAAAUAAUAAAAUGGGUCGCCCGUCAGCAACAGGUCCAGUGGCGUUUCGGGUUGUGGCCACAGUUUCUGCAAUCUUCGCCAUCGGGGUGAUUGCCGCCUCUGGAGCUUUAUUACACCAAGCUAUCCGAUUUCGGGACACGUAUUACUACGGGGCCGGGUAUGGGGGAGGAGGAUACGAUUACUAUGGUGGGGCAGGUCGAAGUGGUUAUUACGGGGGGCAACAAGUCGGUUAUGGACAGGGGAAUUAUUAUGGGGGUGGCCAAACAGGAUAUUACGGAGGGAUUGGUGCUGGUAUCGGGUAUCAAGAUGUUGGGUAUGAUAUCUACCGAUAUCACAGGGUUAUCACCAUUGCCGCCAUUGCACUGGGGGCUGGAAUUAUACAAUUUUUGGUCUCUUUGCUGUUAUGCUGUGUCAACGAAGACAACGCCAAAGGAAUGGCAAUCGGAUACGUAGCCGGAGCCAUAUUCAUUUUCAUCGUUCUGAUCGCCUGUUUCGGCCUUGCAUUCCAAUAUCGUGUCAUUUAUCCCUACUACUUUUACAACUAUUAUCAACUCUACCAAUUUCCUGGCACGUAUUAUCAAUACAAUCCAGAAGGGCAGGCGUUUUGCGCUAUUCUUGGAAUCAAUCUAAUCUAUCUCAUCGUUUCCGCCAUUGUUGCUGGAGUAUUCGCAAAGAAAGCUGCGAAUUAUGAUGACCGAGUAGAAUGGCACGUUCGGCCAACCACCGCCUCAAGUGGGGGCAACAACGAGUAUCGAGCCUAAAACUAAACCAAGAUAUUAAUACCAAGAUUAUGAUAACUUCAUAAUUUCAGUGUUUUUUUGUACAAAUAAACUUUCGCCAUUUACACAUACUAUUUACUUAUUUACUGUUAGUAUAUUACUUUCUAUGUACCUUGUUUAGUUCUUUUUUGGUCAGUCGUGUUUGUUAAUUUAUAUACUCAAUCGAGUGUAUGUGUUUAACUAUUUAAAAAAAUUGUAAAUAAAGUCGUCCAUUAGUUGGUCAUACAUUAUGUAA